AUGGGAACCUUUACAUUUCAAUGGCCCUACAUUGCGAGUGAGGUGUUCGUCACAGGCACUUUCGAUGAUUGGGGUAAAACAGUGAAAUUAGAUCGAGUGGGUGACAUUUUCGUCAAGAAAGUGACCAUUUCCCCUGUGAAAAAAGUUCAUUACAAGUUUGUCGUCGACGGAAUUUGGACUACAGACACCAACGUACGCGAGGAAGAAGACGGCCAUAAUAACAUCAACAACGUACUUCUACCCGAAGAGAUCGAAACUUCUGCGGAUAACUCCACCAACGUUGCCCCCACCAUGUCUGGCGUAACCCCUGAUUCAACGACCGCGGCUCUGGCUGCUAACAUUCCCAAGGAGGCCAACGGAAAUUUGCCUGGUACCUUUCCUGAUACCCCGGGACAGGAAUCCGAACAGACCUUUUCCGUAAAUCCUAUUCCAGCCUCGGAGGGUUAUGGCAACCCCGUCACUGUGAACCCGGGUGACAAGGUCCCUCAUCACAGUGACCUCCACAACAACACCGUUGCCUCCACAGUGAAUUUGGACAAGGAGUCAUAUGAGAAGGGCCAAACCCUUCCUGUUGGCACAGGGAACACUGAUCCCAACACCGAUGCUUUCGCAUUCACUAUCCCCCCAGUCACAAACAACAUGAUUCCUGAAUCCAGCCUUCCUAUUGGUGGUCCCGCUCAACGAGCGGCCGCCAGCGACACCGAGCCGGUCUAUUCCGGAGGUCCCGCGCAGCAGGCAGCAGCGGCUGAGCCAGGAUAUACCAUCCAAUCCGCCGGUCCCACCUCCACCACAGCUGCACUGGCUGCCAACGUACCCUUGGAGUCCAAGGGCAAGCAACCUAAUGGCAACGUUCCCGUUGACGAUGUCCCUCAGGUGGUGAAGGAUUCGCUGGCUGAAGCCCAUAAGGAUCCCGAGGCUGCCGCUAGCCAAACGGCAGUCGACGAGAAGAAGGAAUUGGAGCAGGAACUACAGAAGAAGGUCGACGUGGAGGAGUCAGCAGGUGCCCCGGCGCCCACUGUCACCGCAGCCACCCAGGCCAUUGCGCCCCAUCUCACUCUUGCUGGUGGCGUGGACUCUGCAGAUGUGUCGCCAACUUCGACUCCUCCACCAGGUCGCAACGCUGGUACAGCCAUUCCAACCUCCCAGCCAAAAUCCACUGAUAACGCUGGACCUUCUGUAACCACUGGCGUUGAGACCACUUCCACUGCCGAAACCACGACCGCCAAACCUGCGGGGCCUACUGUGACGACUGGAGUUGAUUCGUCCCAAACACCUGCGACUUCGGAUGCCAACUCCGCAAAGCCCGCGCAAUCUCCCAGCACCGAAGGUGCUUCUACUAAUGGUGACAAGAGCGAGAAGAAAAAGAAGCACCGCCUGAGUGGUUUCUUUGGCAAGCUGAAGGAGAAGCUCAAGUAG